GCGGGGCCGGAGGAGUUGGGCCCCUGAGGCAGUUGGAGGAGUGUGUAGGUCCUGCUGCCCGGCUGCUGCGGAGCGCCCGCCGCCGGUCUGUCCCGGUCCCCGCGUCCCGCGUGCUGCAGGCUGCCCGCUGAGCUGCGGCGAGGCCUGCCGGACACGCCUGCCGGCACGCCGGGCUCGACGCUUCUCUUCGCCUGCACUUCCUCCUGCCGCAGCGCGGUGCCGGCUGGGCGGGCGGGAUGGCGGCCGCGGCCCGGGGGAGCGGCCGGGCGCCGACGCGACGGCUGCUCGUGCUCUUGCUGCUUCCGUUGCUCUGGGCCCCGGCCGGGGUCCGCGCCGGCCCGGAGGAAGACCUGAGCCACCGGAACCAGGAGCCGCCGGCGCCCGCCCAGCAGCUGCAGCCGCAGCCCGCGGCAGUGCAGGGCCUCGAGCCGGCCCGGGCCGAGAAAGGAUUGACACCAGCCGCCCCAGUUCAUACCAACAGAGAAGAUACAGCUGCCCAGACGAAUCUGGGAUUUAUCCAUGCAUUUGUUGCUGCCAUCUCGGUCAUCAUAGUGUCCGAACUCGGUGACAAGACAUUUUUCAUAGCUGCCAUCAUGGCGAUGCGCUAUAACCGGCUGACUGUGCUGGCCGGCGCCAUGCUGGCUCUGGCCUUGAUGACAUGCUUGUCGGUUUUGUUUGGCUAUGCCACAACAGUCAUCCCCAGGGUGUAUACAUACUAUGUUUCAACUGCACUCUUUGCCAUUUUUGGCAUUAGAAUGCUUCGGGAAGGUUUGAAGAUGAGCCCAGAUGAGGGUCAGGAGGAGCUGGAAGAAGUACAAGCAGAGUUAAAGAAGAAAGAUGAAGAAUUCCAACGAACCAAACUCUUAAAUGGGCCAGAUGUUGAAACUGGUACAAGCACAGCAAUACCUCAGAAAAAGUGGUUACAUUUUAUUUCCCCAAUUUUUGUUCAAGCGCUUACGUUAACAUUCUUGGCAGAAUGGGGCGACCGCUCUCAACUCACUACCAUCGUUCUGGCAGCUAGAGAGGAUCCCUAUGGUGUAGCAGUGGGUGGCACAGUGGGACAUUGCUUAUGCACUGGACUGGCAGUCAUUGGAGGAAGGAUGAUAGCACAAAAGAUCUCUGUCAGAACUGUGACCAUCAUCGGAGGCAUCGUGUUCUUGGCGUUUGCAUUUUCUGCUCUGUUUAUAAGUCCAGAGUCUGGUUUUUAAAAAGUGAUUCAUCUGUA